GGGAGGUCGCUCCGGUCGGAUGUCGCCUGAGAACCGGAUGAGGCGGAGGAGGCGGCGACUGUGAGGCCGAGCCGGGAGCGGGCGUCGUCGCGCCGAGUCCCGGGGACAGGUUGGGGCGGGGGAAGCAACGGCCACAGACGUCGCGGGGCCAGGUCGUUGAGGAGAAAGUCGGGGAAGGUUAAGGCAAGCCGGGAGCGCCGGGCGCUCGGGGGGCCGGACCGCCGGCGCCAUGGGCAACCGCGGGAUGGAAGAGCUGAUCCCGCUGGUCAACAAGCUGCAGGACGCCUUCAGCUCCAUCGGCCAGAGCUGCCACCUGGACCUGCCGCAGAUCGCCGUGGUGGGCGGCCAGAGCGCCGGCAAGAGCUCGGUGCUCGAGAACUUCGUGGGCCGGGACUUCCUUCCUCGUGGCUCAGGAAUCGUCACACGGCGGCCUCUCAUUCUGCAGCUCAUCUUCUCAAAAACAGAAUAUGCCGAGUUUUUGCACUGCAAGUCCAAAAAGUUUACAGACUUUGAUGAAGUUCGGCAGGAGAUCGAAGCAGAGACAGACAGGGUCACGGGGACCAACAAAGGCAUCUCCCCAGUGCCCAUCAACCUGCGGGUCUACUCACCACACGUGUUGAACUUGACCCUCAUCGACCUCCCGGGCAUCACCAAGGUGCCAGUGGGGGACCAGCCCCCCGACAUCGAGUACCAGAUCAAGGAGAUGAUCCUACAGUUCAUCAGCCGGGAGAGCAGCCUGAUCCUGGCUGUCACACCUGCCAACAUGGACCUGGCCAACUCAGAUGCCCUGAAGCUGGCCAAGGAGGUGGACCCCCAAGGCCUGCGGACCAUUGGUGUCAUCACCAAGCUGGACCUCAUGGAUGAGGGAACCGAUGCCAGGGAUGUCCUGGAGAACAAGCUGCUCCCCUUAAGAAGAGGCUACAUCGGCGUGGUAAACCGCAGCCAGAAAGACAUCGAGGGCAAGAAGGACAUCCGGGCAGCGCUGGCGGCCGAGAGGAAGUUCUUCCUCUCCCACCCCGCCUACCGGCACAUGGCUGACCGCAUGGGCACCCCGCACCUGCAGAAGACCCUGAAUCAGCAACUGACCAACCACAUCCGGGAAUCGCUGCCGUCCCUGCGCAGCAAACUGCAGAGCCAGCUGCUGUCCCUGGAGAAGGAGGUGGAGGAGUACAAGAACUUCCGGCCCGACGACCCCACGCGCAAAACCAAAGCUCUCCUGCAGAUGGUCCAGCAGUUUGGCGUGGACUUUGAGAAGCGGAUUGAAGGCUCAGGAGACCAGGUGGAUACACUGGAGCUGUCUGGAGGCGCCCGGAUCAAUCGCAUCUUCCAUGAGCGCUUUCCCUUCGAGCUGGUGAAGAUGGAGUUUGACGAAAAAGAUUUGAGACGGGAAAUCAGCUAUGCCAUUAAGAACAUUCAUGGCGUCAGGACGGGGCUGUUCACCCCCGACAUGGCUUUUGAAGCCAUUGUGAAAAAACAGAUUGUAAAACUCAAAGAGCCAAGUUUGAAGUGUGUUGACCUCGUGGUCUCAGAACUGGCCACAGUCAUUAAAAAAUGUGCUGAGAAGCUCAGUUCCUACCCCCGCUUGCGAGAGGAGACAGAGCGAAUCGUCACCACAUACAUCCGGGAGCGAGAGGGGAGAACCAAGGACCAGAUCUUACUUCUGAUCGACAUCGAGCAAUCCUACAUCAACACAAACCACGAAGACUUCAUUGGAUUUGCCAAUGCCCAGCAGAGGAGCACGCAGCUGAACAAGAAGAGAGCCAUCCCAAACCAGGGGGAGAUCUUGGUGAUCCGCAGGGGCUGGCUCACGAUCAACAACAUCAGCCUGAUGAAGGGGGGCUCCAAGGAGUACUGGUUUGUGCUGACGGCAGAGUCACUGUCCUGGUACAAGGAUGAGGAGGAAAAGGAGAAAAAGUACAUGCUUCCUCUGGACAACCUCAAAAUCCGCGAUGUGGAGAAGGGCUUCAUGUCCAACAAGCACGUGUUCGCCAUCUUCAACACCGAACAGAGGAAUGUCUACAAGGACCUGCGACAAAUCGAGCUGGCCUGUGACUCACAGGAGGACGUGGACAGCUGGAAGGCCUCGUUCCUGCGCGCCGGGGUCUACCCUGAGAAGGACCAGGCAGAGAACGAGGACGGUGUCCAGGAGAAUACCUUUUCCAUGGACCCGCAACUGGAGCGGCAGGUGGAGACCAUCCGCAACCUGGUGGACUCGUAUGUGGCCAUCAUCAACAAGUCCAUCCGUGACCUCAUGCCAAAGACCAUCAUGCACCUCAUGAUCAACAACACGAAGGCCUUUAUCCACCACGAGCUGCUGGCCUACCUGUACUCCUCAGCCGACCAGGGCAGCCUUAUGGAGGAGUCAGCUGACCAGGCCCAGCGGCGUGACGACAUGCUGCGCAUGUACCACGCGCUCAAGGAGGCGCUCAGCAUCAUCGGGGACAUCAGCACCAGCACCGUGUCCACGCCCGUGCCCCCGCCUGUGGACGACACCUGGCUGCAGAGCACCACCAGCCACAGCCCCACACCCCAGCGCCGGCCAGUGUCCAGCGGGCACCCACCAGGCCGGCCACCUGCAGUGCGGGGCCCCACGCCAGGGCCCCCCCUGACGCCUGUGCCAGUGGGGGCUGCAGCCUCCUUCUCUGCGCCCCCCAUCCCCUCCAGGCCGGGACCCCAGAGUGUGUUUGCCAACAACGACCCCUUCUCGGCGCCGCCUCAGAUCCCAUCUCGGCCGGCGCGGAUCCCUCCUGGUAUUCCCCCCGGAGUGCCCAGGCGACCACCUCCAUCGGCUCCUGCCCGACCUUUCUUCUGAGCUUCGUGGGAGACGCCCCUGUCCCCCGCCUGGCUGCCCCUUGGGGGACAGGUCUGUCCCCUGCAGCCUGUGCCCCCCCCCCAAGCCCCAAUCAGCAGGCCCUGUGAUUUUCUGACCAUAAUUUAUUGACUCGAGUACUGGGGGCCAGACGCCCUUUUGUUCUUUGAGGCUCCAGCAGGGGCUUUAGCCAAGCCCCCACCCCCCAUCCCCAUGUGGGGCCACUGCAGGAAGAGGGGGUGGUCCUGCCCACCCUUCUCUUGGGAGUUCUGUUACCAGACCCCACACCCACCCAGCCAGCCCCUGCCGGGACCCCUUUCUAUCAAAUAAAGUGAUUAUCCCCACA